AGUUUCACAGUAUUUUGCAGAAGGUUUUUGAUAAAAGGUAAAAUGAGUGUGCAAAGUGUAUAUGUGUGUACUUUCUGUCAAGUAUUUUCUUCUACUGUGUCAACGAUUGCUCAUCAUAUUAAUUCUUCUCAUUCUGAACUUCUUCCUGGUGGAACUACAGCUGAAAACUUUGUUUCCAAACUAAAUGCUUUAGAAAAUGAAUGUAAUAAAAAACAGGUGCAAAAAUCUCAAAAACCAAAGAAAAGCUUGUGUGAAUAUGCUCUGGAAGAAGAAAAAAUGGAAACUAAAAAAAGUGUACCUGCUCCGAAAUCCGAUGGCCUUUUUUGGUGUGAGAAAUGCCACAAAUGUUUCAAUAAAGCACGUCAGCUAGUGAAACAUAUUUGCAUGGAUACUGAAGAAGAAGAUAAUUAUUUUGAGGACACAUCUGUAGACUCUGAUGUAACUCAAAGCUACAAAUCAUACAUCAUGAUCGAUCCUGACCCUUGGAGCAAGAGAACCAAGUAUAAAAAAGCUGAAGAUCCAAAUAGUCAUUGCACUGAAAAAAAUGAAGGUCAAAAUGAAAAUAAAAAAGUAAAUGCUGCUUCCCAGAACUCUCUUAUUAAUUGGCGAGUAGACCCAUCUUACCUUCCAGUGUUUCAAACUGAAGAAGAAAAAAGAAGUUUUGAGAAGCAUUUAAAAUCCAUAAAUUACAGUUUUGUUGAUAAUUUGUUUGACAAAAAGGAAUCUUCAGUUACUUCAGGGUCAAGUGAUGUGUAUUUUUGCAAGAAAUGUAAAAAGACUGCUAAGUCAUUGUCUCACAUACGAAUGCAUUGUCUUAUUCAUACAGAUAUAAAACCAUUUACAUGUCCUAAUUGCUCUUAUGAAACUAAUUCAAAAGGAAGCCUGUACAUCCACAUGAGAAAACAUACUGGAAAUAUGUUUCAUUGUUCGUAUUGUGACUUUAAAAGCAACAAGAAAGCUCAUGUUUUGGAUCACGAGGCUACUCAUUCAACAGUGCCACAGAUUUGCAAACUAUGUAAAAAUACUUACAAGACUUUGCGCUCCUUGAUCGCCCAUGUAAAGAAAUACCACAAUAAUUUGGGUGGUAAGAGAUACGUCAAAAGUCUUUCACCUGGGCGUAAUAAAGUAGCUACCAUUCAUUGUAGCAUUUGUCAUAAGAAGUUCUCAUCUUUAUCAACUUUUGAAAAUCAUUCCCAGACGUUUCAUUCUGUUGCUAAUUUACAGCCAAAAGAUAGCCCAAAAAUUAAUACAAAUGAACUUGUAUCUGAAAAUACAUUGUGUAAAAGCACUGGUGAUGUACAGCUUCAGGAACCUUGUUUACCUAGUCCAAGUAAAAGCUUAGAAUGUGAAAGUGUUCCUACUACAAAAGAUCCUCUAGCUGAGCUUGUGUUUAGAAACUUUUUUGAGCAAAGUCAAUCAAAACCAAUUAUUUUUAAUGGCUUAUGUGAUGAAUCUGAACUUAAAAAAAUGUUUGCUGCUACAGUUUUGCUCAAUGCUUUAGAAACAGAAUCCAUUUCAGCGCAAUUGGCUUCGUUAAAUGAGGCUAAUCAAUUCCAUGAACCAAAACAACCUGAUAUUGAAGAAUGUAAUGAAACACUUUCGAUAUUAGAUGAAUGCUUGAGAAGCCCAAACUUUGAAAAAGAAUGUUUGCGUGUUAACUUUGAGGAAACCACGUUGCCGGUAGAGUGUCAGCAAGAAUUUCAACUUCCUUCAGUGCAGCAAAUUCUGCCGAAUGAAACUGCAUUACGGAAUCAAGAAGUUAAAGCUGGUGAAAGUAGUUCAAAUUCUGUGUCGCAAUUGCAUCGUCCUGGUGAAAAUGGAGGGGAAGAAAAUAAAUCUGCUGAAAUUAAGUUGUUUGAAAAAUGUCAUCGAGCCCCUGCAUAUGUUUGCUGUGUGUGUUCUGCUAUUUUUAUUCGUUCUUCAACAUUAAAAGUUCACCUAAAGGAUCAUAUUGACAAUUCGAACAGUAACUUUAUAGAACAAGAGGAAGAAUUUACUUCAAAAAUCUCUGAUGCUUGCUCUGACCUGAAUAAUGUUUGUCCAAUGCUGAUAGAACCAACAAGCUCUUAUUCUGAGGGUGAAAAGGAGCUAGAGAAACUCUAUACUUCAUCUAUGGAUAUGAUGUGGUAUCUCCCUGAAGUUAGUGUUGUAUUGGAAAAUGAUCCAGCAUUAUUUGAUUCGGUAUUAGAUGAUAUUAGUAACUUUCCCAUCACUGACAAAUAUGAUGAAGUGGAAGUACUAAAUGUAAAAUCCACGGAAAACAGUGUUUUGGAAUGUUUUAAGGAACUCUGAAAAACUAAUAUACAAAUUGCAUCAGCAUAACAUCCGUACAGGUAUGAACACAAUUGUAAAUAUUCAUGUGUUUAAUAAAAUUUUCAAUUUAUAGUUCUUGUCAUGUGUUGAAUGAUACAAUGACUGCUAAGUCAUUCCAAUCUGGACCGUAACCAUCAACACAUUUUUCAUGAAAUCCAUGUAACCAAUAAAGUUAGAUUUCAUUCAUAUGCUCUGUGUUCAUUACAAUAGGUUAUAUAAUUUGGGGGAGGCUACAUUACAGGAUUUAACGUAUCAGUAAAUGUAAAAGGUGACUAGGGCUCGACCGAUGGCAUUUUUUGGCCAUUGGCCCUUGCCGAUUGUUGGCCGAUUGUUCAAAGAUGGCCGAUGGCUGAUGACCGAUUGUUUUCCUCCAAAUGGCCGAUGGCCGAUGCCGUUGGCCGAUGCAAAAAAAAAAAAAAAAAAUAAUAAUAAUAAAACAGAAAUAAAUUGAUAAGAUUGUCAGGGAUUUAAAGGAUUAUUGAUUUAUUUCACUUUACUUCCUUUCUACGAAUAAAGAAUUGUAAUCACAAAAAAAAAAAAAAAAAAAACAGAUUUCGACUUAAAUUUCUAUUUUACUUUUCACCAAAUUUAUACUUCACUAGUUUUUUCGGCACAUCUAUACAUACAUAUGUACCUAAGAACAUAUAGAUAACCAGAUAUCCAAUUUGAACACCUCCUCAGUUAAUUAUCGCAAAUUCUCUUGUGAUGUCUUCAUGCGUGUAAUCUUGCGUCACUCAAAAACGUUAUGAAAUAGUAAAUUGAAAACUCAUACGUACGUAGUAUGAUCUAAAAG